AUGGCGGCCGCGGCGCUGCUCCGGGGGGUGGCUCCGGGACGUGGCCGCAGGGCCUGGUGCUGGCGGCUGCGCGCCGCCCCGGGGAGCCGCCUGGCCCACGGCCCAGGCCGUCAGGGCGGCGACCCCGGGGGUGGCGGGGCCUGGACCUGCUUCCCCCUGAGCGAGCGCGCCCUGGUGCGCGUGCGCGGGCCGGACUCGGCGCCCUUCCUUCUGGGGCUGCUGACCAAUGAGCUGCCGGGCCCUGCGGACGGGGCGGCCCCGCCCGCGGCGCGCGCGGGCUACGCUCACUUCCUCAACGUCCAGGGGCGCACGCUCUAUGACGUCAUCGUGUACCGGCUCCCCGAGCUCGAGGCCGAGGCGCCUGCCUUCCUGCUGGAGUGUGACCGCGGGGCGCUGGACGCGGUGCAGAGGCACCUGGCGCUGCACAGGAUCCGGCGGAGGGUCGCCGUGGAGCUGCACCCCGAGCUGGGUGUGUGGGCGGCGCUGCCUGGCGCCCCCGAGGCUGCACCCCCGCAGGGCCCUGAGCACGCCCCUAUCAUGGCCCGUGAUCCUCGGACUGCCCGCAUGGGCUGGCGGCUCCUCGCGCGGGUCCAGGGCCCGGCCCCUGUGCUGGGGAGCCAGCUUGGGGAUGCCCAGGACUACCACCGGCACCGGUACCAGCAAGGCGUGCCUGAGGGCAUCCGAGACCUGCCCCCGGGCGUGGCACUGCCCCUGGAGUCCAACCUGGCCUUCAUGAAUGGGGUCAGCUUCACCAAGGGCUGCUACCUGGGCCAGGAGCUGACGGCCCGCACCCACCACACGGGCGUAGUCCGCAAACGCCUCUUCCCUGUCCGUCUCUCUGGCGACCUCCCUGCCUGCGGCCUGGCCCCCGGCACCCCCGUGCUCACCGCGUCGGGCCAGGUGGCCGGCAAGUACCGGGCUGGCCAGGGGCACGUGGGGCUAGCGCUGCUGCGCGCGGAGCUGAUCCACGGCCCCCUGCAUGUCGGCACCUCCGAGCGCGGCCGCGUGGCUCUCACGGCGUCAGUGCCCGACUGGUGGCCGGGGGCCGCAAAGUAGCCUGGGCACCCCGGCCCCUCCACAGACCCUGGAGCUGCAGGGCGCCCUGGGGCUGGGUGCAGGCGUCUGGCCUGCCACACUCGGCGGAAGCCCUCCCGGGACCGCGGGCCGCGACCCUGCUGGGUGUUGAGCUGGCCGUCCCCCAACCUGCCGGAGGGGUGGCGAGCGUGCUGGCCUGGACAGGAGCAGGGUCCGAGCUCAGGACCUUGUCCUGGGCGGGGGUGGGCCUGGCAAGUGGGCAGCCAGGGUGUGACCGUGCAACCGCCCUCUUGGACCGCAGCCAGGGGCCCACGGGCAGCGCUAACCUCCCCAGGCAGAGGCGGGAGCGGGGCUGGGGGAAUUCGCGGGGCGUCUGCCCAGGGCUGGCAGUGAGGAGGACCCAGGUAGUGGCCUGAGCCCCAGCCCAAGGCGUGUCUGCUGGGGCGGGAAGCAAAAGGUGGUUGGGGGUGGCUUCCUGCACAGUGCCCGGCGCCCCUCCCCCACGCUGGGGGGGUGGGGGGCUGAUGGGGGAAGUGGGCAGCUCUGCCCCAGGGGGUGUCUGUGCACUGGCUGGGCUUUGCAGCAGCCUCCUUUUCCCUCGUAGGAGGAAGCCCCCCACGGCCCCCCAGGCCCUGCCUAGCACAGUGGUGACCACUGCAGAGCAGGGCCUCUGGCCUCCCACCUGUGCCUUGUGUUGUCCACCCCCGAGAGAUGACCCCCUGGGCUGCACCGCAGCGGCAGGCUCUGCCCCUGGCCAUGUCCUUCCAGCAGCUGCUGCCCUCACUCUCCCACGCAGGCGGGACGUGGGCGUGGCCAUUCCAGACGCCCUGGCUGCCCUGCCUGGCCUAGCCGGGAGGGAAAUCAGUGGCCGAGCGGGGCCGCCCCCCUGCAGCCCCGUCCCGGGGUCCCAGCAGCCUGGUCAAUGGUGUUGACUCAGUUUGGCACCGUUUUUCCUUGAGUGGGAAGUGGGGGGUUGUUUGCACAGCACCUGGUCAGAGACCACCACGCUGGAGCCCCUGCCCUGGGGGUUCGCUGCACUCCCUCAGGCCAGGUGGGCGCUGCCCAUUCCGAGAGCAUCGAGAGCGCCUGUGCUGGGGAGGGCAGCGAAGUGUCCCCUGGGUCCACCCCCCCGCACCCCCACUGUUGUGCGAGGUGGGUGCCCCACCCCAGAGAGUGGCACCUUAGCAUGGACGCCGACACCCUGGCCUCCCGUGUCUGCGCGGGUGCGUGCCUGGGCAGCUGGUGCUGACCGCUCUGUGCCAGGCCA